AGUGUAUUCCCCCCAUCAAAUCAGAUUGGCAAAUUGCCCACAAGAGCUCAAGUGUCAAAGCAAAGGUCAAAGCGCAGAUGCGACUCAUCCAGAGGCUUGGCUAGAAAACCUCGUUUCGCCACUCCACUCCAGACCGUUCCUGGAGUCUAGUCCUGCGACACUAAUAUCUCCAACUCUACGCUUAGCGUCCAGGUACCUCCACCUGCCAGGAGUACUCAAAACGUGGUUCUGGUAGUGUCUGCAUGUAUAAACCCCCUGGAUCCCCGGAUUCAGUCCCUCUUCCCUCUCUUUCCCCGGCCGAUCCUUCAUUCCUCUUUGCUUUUUUGUAUCACUCCCUUAGACAACAUGUCGGCGACUACGAGUGACAUCAAGAUCGCUUCCAUUGCCAUGGGGUUCACCCUUGGUUUUGGCUUGCUUACUGUUUGGGAGGCUUGGAAGCAGACUCGACGGAAUCGAAACCCGCUGCGAAGUACUUAUAUUUACAUGCUUUGGGGAGAGAUUCUAGCAAAUAUUAUCAUCGCUAUCAUCGGAUGGAUCUUCUUGGAUGGAAUCAUCGGGCCGACUGUACCGGUGUUGUUCUUUAUUCUUUUCUUCUGGGUCUUUGAAGUCCAGCUUCUUAUGCAAAUUAUCGUCAAUCGAAUCUCUAUCAUCGCCGAACAUCGAUCUACUAUCUUUAAGCUGAAAUGGGGAACCGCCCUUACCAUCACUCUUAUCAACAUUGCCGUCUUUGCUAUCUGGAUUCCUGCUCAUACCGUUCCUCCUGCCAGUCAAACUUUUGUACGCAUCAAUGAAGUUUGGGAUCGUGUCUCCAAGGUUCUCAUCCUUCUCGUCGAUGCUGGUCUCAAUUGGUACUUCCUUCGAACCGUCAAGAAGCGACUCGUUGAGCAACAUCGCCUCAAGAAGUAUGAGCCUCUUGUUGGCUUCAACGCUAAGCUCAUGAUCAUUUCGAUCCUCAUGGACGGCAUGCUCAUCGGUCUCAUGUCACUUCCCAACCAGGUCGUCUACAUUCAAUUCCACCCUGUCGCAUACAUGGUCAAGCUCAACAUCGAAAUGUCCAUGGCCAAGCUUAUUACCCGCCUUGCUAAGGGUGAGAACGCCGACGACUACUACCCCUCCAUGUCGCACUCCGGCCACCACCAAAGCAACAACCAGCGCACGAACGAUGCCCCAUGGACUCAGGGUAACAAUGUCCAGUUGACACACCGAUCAAAGGUUGUCGCUGGUGAUUCCGAUGAGGAUUUGUCUGGUACUGUGGGUCGACAUAAUGGUGGACCUGGCAUUCAUCGCCGAACAGAGUUUGAGGUCACCGUCGAGACGAAGCCUCAGAAGAAUCCCUUCAGAGAGGGGACAGAGUCGUUGGAUGAGCUGCCCUUGACUUCAAAUACCGGACAUCCUAAGCAGGCUAUUGUUGAGGAGGUUAGCCGUAACCCUUCUAUGUCUAGCAGCAGAAGAUCAUGAGAUCUUCACUACGUUCUUUAGCUAUAUACCAUACACAUAAUACCUAAUCCCCAACAUACCAACAGUAUUAUAAGACCCAACGACGUGAAGGAAUUGUGAAAAGAAUGUCGUGUCCUCAUUAUCUGUGUUGGCAGCCU